CUCCGUCGAGUCGACCAAUCAGAGCGGUUCGCGCCUUGCGCCCGCACGCGCGCGUUUAUCAAAAUGCGAAUGGCUCCGGAGCGGCGGCGGCGGCAUUAAUUAAUCUAUAACAAAAUAACUUAUAGCCGUCCGUAAUCGGCCACAGAGUCAAAGCACAAGCGACCUUCGCGCCGCGAACACAUCCUGCGUGCAUGCACUAUAAAAUAAAACACAACAAAUACUUACAAAGUACACAAUAAAUAAAACAAAAACUUCGCGGUCCGGUUUAGUUAGUUCCCCGCGUUUGCUUCGUGUAUAAAAGCGAAAAAGGAAAAGCAGAAAUGUCCGCUUUGAAUUUCAGUUACGUUUAAAACGUUUCGUGGAACAUUGUGCUGUGUCAAGAUAAAUAUAUUUGGUGUUAUUGAAAGCCAACCAUGAAUUAUCUAAGUUAAAAUAAGAUAACAUUAUCUAGGUGAAUGUAAAAGUGUCAGUGUUGUGAACUGGUUCGCGUUCUUAGUUUCUGGUUUGUGUAUAAGUGACUAUUGAAUUAUUUGCAACUUUCAUUCGGAGCGUCCUCUCGAUUAGCAUACGAAGAGCCAUGGCGAAGUUGUGUCUUAUGACCAUUCUGGUCAUAUUAUUGGUGCAUCUCAUCACAUUUAACCGCGCAUACAUUUCAUCAGAUGACGCUGCAAUCGCCCAUACAUAUACGCCAGCAUGGAGGUACAGGUGUGUACCAGACCAGGGUUGCGAGAGAACGUCGCACCCACAACCAGGUGUGGAGAUAACCACCAGGAACAAUAGUGGCAUGCUGUUUGCCAGUAUGGACGUCUGCCGGACAGUCUGUGGCAGAUUUGGUGGACUCUGGCCACGACCUGUAACAGCUGCCAUUGGCAUGCAAACUGUUAAAAUUCAUCCGAAUUAUUUGAGAUUCGAUUUGCAAAAUGUUCCCGCACCAGUUGUAUCUCUUAUGGCGGAUAUGACAAAGCUGGUUGGCCCCAAUCUGGUGGCAGAAUGUGAUGGUACCGUGACUGAGGUUGUUGAAACGCCUGUCAUAGUGUACCUGACCGUAAGGAGUGAGGACAAGUCUUUAACCCUGAACACCAAUGAGGAAUACAUGCUAGAUGUCCAGUAUAAUAAUAAAGAGGGCCAGGUAUCAGUGCGCAUAACUGCUGAAACAGUAUACGGAGCCCGCCAUGCGCUGGAAACGUUCACACAAUUAGUAGCAUCCAGCAAACCAGACUUCGCAGACGACCAAACUUGCAGCCUCCUACUCGUCUCUGGUGCUAAAGUUCGUGAUCGUCCAGUAUACAAAUACAGAGGACUCCUAAUUGAUAGCAGUAGACAUUUCAUACCCAUGGAAAAUUUGAAGAGGACCAUGGAUGGCAUGGCAGCCAAUAAAAUGAACGUGUUCCACUGGCAUGUUACCGACUCACAUAGUUUUCCUCUUGAGUCUACUAGAGUACCACAGUUUACCAGAUACGGAGCCUAUUCUUCGGAGGAAAUCUAUUCUGCGGAAGAGAUUCGGGAGCUGAUCCAAUAUGCUCAAGUACGAGGCAUUCGCGUCGUCAUCGAAAUUGACUCACCCGCACACGCUGGCAAUGGUUGGCAAUGGGGACCUGAGUAUGGUUUGGGUCAUCUCGCAGUCUGUGUAAACCAAUGGCCGUGGCGAGGGAUAUGUGUGGAGCCUCCCUGUGGACAGUUGAAUCCUGCCAACCCUGAGGUGUACCGCGUGCUAGGUGACUUGUACCGGGACAUCGCUGAUGCUUUACCAGCACCUGCCUUACUUCACGUAGGAGGAGAUGAGGUUUACAUUGAAUGCUGGAAUCGGACCGAAGAGAUCAUCAAUUACAUGAGAAAGAAGAACUAUGAUCCAACAUCGGAUGGUUUCAUGAAAUUAUGGGCAGAGUUCCAUGAGAAGGCGUUGGCUGCUUGGGACGAGGUGAUGGAAGCAGCGGGAACACCGAAGCAGCCCGUCAUGAUCUGGUCUUCCGACCUGACACAGCCGCAGUGGAUCAACACUCAUCUGAACAAAGAAAGGUAUAUUGUCGAAGUAUGGGAGCCAGUAGGUAGCCAAUUGCUACUCAAACUGCUGGGGAUGGGAUACCAAACCGUCUCAGUGCCCAAGGACAUUUGGUACUUAGACCAUGGUUUCUGGGGAAUCACCAAGUAUAGUAAUUGGAGGAAGAUGUACGCCCACAUGUUGCCCACGGAUGACAAUAUGCUAGGAGGAGAGGUCGCCAUGUGGACCGAAUAUUUGGAUGAGCAGGCCUUAGACACGCGCGUGUGGCCUCGCGCGGCUGCAGUAGCGGAGCGAUUGUGGUCGGAUCCGACGUCAGAUGUGUUUUCGGCGGAAGCGCGCAUGCAGAGACAGCGCUCUCGGCUCAUCAAGCGCGGGCUGCGCGCAGACGCCAUCUCCCCUGCAUGGUGCUCACAACACGACUCCAGGUGCUUCUGAUCUCCUGAUCCUGCUACACAAAAUGUUGAAGGACUUCCUUACCUUUGACACAAUUCUCCUCUGAGAUGAUUCAAAUUUAUACAUAUAGUCUCUGUGUGAUGGAAGAAUACCUUAAGUUAACUUAGCCUAUGUUACGAGGGAAUUAUUUUCCUUUUGAAUGGCAAAAGUGACUAAUGUCUUUGAUAAGGAGAGUAAAUCGAUCUCGGUGAACAAAUAGAACCCUUGAAGUUAUAUAUUCCUAAUCACUAAAAAUAUAAAUUAUAAAGUUCUUUAAGAACUUCAUAAAUUAAGACAGUGAAAGUCUUUUAAGAACUUUAUUAUAAACUUAGAACUUAUACAUUGAGAAGCCUAUAACUGUAUCUAGGCUGAGUUUAGUCAUUCAUCCAAAUAUAAUUGCAACAAGGGCUCUCACUAAAUUACGUAAAUAUUAUAUUGUUAUUUUUAAAUGUAAGUGUACUUAAAAUUUAACUAUAAAAAACUAGCGACCCGUCUAA